AUGGCACACAAGUUCGAGCCCAUGAAGAAUGAUUUGAUUCUACGCACUGCAAAAGCUGGUCGCUAUUUGCCGGAAUACCACGAGGCCAAAGGAAAGAAUGACUUCUUCGAGUGCUGUCGCAGCCCCGAGAUUGCCUCUACGCUCACCCUCCAACCCAUUGAACGCUAUGCAGGCCUCAUCGAUGCUGCCAUCAUCUUCUCCGACAUCCUUGUUAUACCACAAGCGAUGGGUAUGGAGGUAAUCAUGGUCGACAAGAAAGGCCCGCAUUUCCCUGAGCCCCUCCAGACACCCGAGGACAAGCAAUACAAGGAGGUCCUGGAAAGAGAGGUUGAUGUUGCAGAGUCGCUAGACUAUGUAUACAAGGCCAUAACCAUGACAAGGCACAAGCUUGCAGGGCGCGUGCCAUUAAUUGGCUUCUGCGGUGCUCCUUGGACGCUCUUAUGCUACAUGGUAGAGGGCGGAGGCAGCAAGAUGUUUAUACAGACCAAGACGUGGAUCUACAAGUACCCCGCGGAGAGCAAAGCACUCUUACAGAAAAUUGCUGAGCUCUGUGUGGAGUAUCUGGCACUCCAGGUGCAGGCUGGCGCACAGAUGAUCCAAGUGUUCGACUCUUGGGCUGGAGAGCUUUCGCCGUCUUGCUUCAAGGAGUUUUCCCUUCCCUACCUAAACAUCAUCGCCGACAACCUACCUGCGCGCCUGAAGUCGAAAGGUCUGGAGCCUGUACCAAUGACAGUCUUCGCCAAGGGAGCGUGGUACGCGCUGCACGAUCUCUGCGAAACCAAGUAUAACACGAUCGGUCUAGACUGGCUUCAUGACCCGGCCGAAGCAUACAAGAUCGCGAGAGCGAAGGGCAAGGUGCUACAAGGAAAUGCCGACCCGGGUGUGCUAUACGGCACGCACGAAUCGAUCACCAAAGUCGUCGAGAAUAUGGUGGCUGGUUUCGGUGGUGGAAAAGAGGGGUGGAUCGCAAAUCUGGGCCAUGGCAUAACUCCAUUCGUGAAGCCAGAUGACCUCAAGUUCUACUUCGAGGAGAUCCACAGGCUCACCAAAUCUUAGGAAGUCUAUGAUAUCCAAUAAAUUACUUGUCUUCCUCGCC